CGCACACCUCCAAGUCCAAACCAAAGCCCCUCCGCAUUCAAAUUUUAAAUCCAAAUUCUCGGAUAAGCCCCCACCAUCUCUCUCUCUCUCUCUCUCUCUCUCUACUCUCAGUUGCAGAGCUGUCCAGAAUUGUCUUCUAGGGUUCCAAUUUCUCUCUCCUCUCUCGUCUUCCCCAACUCAGUUUUUCUUAAUUUUUUUAGAUUUUAGUUGUGCUGUCGAUGUGGUGAAAUGGGUAUUUGUGUAUCUACAGAAAGAUUGAGGUUUUGGAUGGUUUAAGCUGGUUUUCUUUUGUGGAACCCUAAUUUGGUGCUCAGAAGCUUGGGAAUUGAGGGGAUUUAUUUAUUUAUUUAUAAAUUGGGAGGUUAAGGAAUGGUUGAGGGGGAUAGAGAGAGUAAUGGUGUUAGGGAAGACUGUGGUGGUGGGGUUAUCGAGUGGAGUGGUGAUGCAAUGAAUGGGUUUGCUACCGGAGUUGAAAAUGGGGUUGUUGGUGAUGGGAACUCUGCUGGGUUGUCUUGUAAUGGUUUUCAGACGUACAAGAGGCGAAGGCAUGCUAAGAUGGGUAGUUCAGAGACCAAAUUGGCUGAAGAUGGGAAGAUUGCUGCAGAUUCAGUCAAUCAACUCCAGGAUAAGACAGUAGAACCAUUGCAAGACAGGGUGCUACAUAAUUGUUCUUGUGAGCAGGUUAGUCAUCCUAGGAUGGACUCACUUCCUUCAGAUGACUGCCAGCUGAUCCGGUGGAGGAAUAUUGUUUUAGAACAAAUGAAUCAAUCUUUUUGUGAGAGUGAAGGUGGUUUACAGGGAUGCAUCCAAGAGGCACUUAAGCUUCAUCCAGUAAGUGGUUGCAGAACUGCAGCUAAGCAACCUGUUCAUUCUUGUGAUGAUAGCCACAAAUGCCCUUCACAAACAGGGCAGAUGGUUAAUGGAACCCAUUAUGGCUCUAGAGGGAAAGUGGGCAUAGUGUCCAAUGGAUCCCUAAGUGAAUCAAACUGUACAAAUGCUGAUCUAUGUAGAUGUGCUUUCAUUGACAUUGUUAUGUCGGAAAAGUUUGCUCAACUAUGUAGCCUGCUCUUGGAAAAUUUUCAAGGGAUAAAAGUUGACAGCAUUUUGGACGUUAGUAUUAUAAACUCAAGGAUGAAAGAGGGAGCUUAUGAAAGGUCACCUAUUCUUUUUCAUUCAGAUAUGCAACAGUUGUGGACAAAGCUUCAAAAAGUUGGUGCUGAUAUGGUUUCUCUUGCAAAGAGCCUUUCGGAUAAGUCUAGGACUUCUUAUCAUGAACAGCAGUUUCUUACUGAAGAAUCGGACUUGCAAAGUAAACUAGACCUAACAGAGGCCUGUGGUGUGUACAAAGUCUCUGUUUGCCGGCGCUGUGGAGAAAAGGCAGAUGGAAGGGAAUGUCUGGUGUGUGAUUCAUGUGAAGAGAUGUACCAUGUUUCUUGCAUUGAGCCUGCUAUUGAAGAAAUUCCCUUAAAAAGUUGGUACUGUGCCAAGUGCACCGUCAAUGGCAUUGAAUCGCCCCAUGACAAUUGUGUGGUGUGUGAGAAACUAAAUGCCUCUAGACCUGCAAACAAUGGGGUUGGAGAUGAUGAUCUGACAAAUGAAGACACAGAACUUGAAGAGAAUUCAAAUGGUUUAGUAGAACAUGGGCUCCAACUAUCAAAAGGAGGAAAAAAUAUACACCGCUGCUACUUUUGUCAGUGUGUGGUAGACAAUGGUGAAAAAUUCAAGGUUUGUGGCCAUCCCUACUGCCCUCACAAGUACUACCAUGUGAAAUGUUUGACACCUAAGCAGUUGGGCACGUAUGGUCCGUGUUGGUACUGCCCUUCUUGUCUGUGUCGAGCUUGCCUCACUGACCAAGACGAUGAAAAGAUUGUUCUAUGUGAUGUCUGCGAUCAUGCAUACCACAUUUAUUGUAUGCAGCCUCCGCGUGAUUCGGUUCCCAGAGGGAAAUGGUUUUGCAAAAAAUGUGGUGCUGGGAUCAGGCAAAUACGCAAGGUGAAAAAGGCAUAUAAGAAUGUUCAAAAUAAAUUGAAAAAGAGCAGUGAAGAUGGAAGCGGAGCAUUUGAGAAUCCUGAAAACAAACAGAAAGAGAGCGAAGAAUUGAUUAAUAAAUCUGGUGGAGUGGACAUGCUUCUUACUGCUGCCAAAACUUUAAAUUAUGAGGAGAAAAUGGCAGCAAUUGAGAUGAAGAAUUGAAAAAGGAACUAGACAUUUUGGGGAGGCAAUGACCUAAGAAAAUAUUGACCCUGUUCAAGUAUCUCCCAGUAUAGAAAUAUGUUUUUGUUGCAUCUUUCAGAGCACUAAUCAUUUGGUAGGCUGUAAACUGUGUUAGACUUGGCUGACUUUUUGGAUACAUAACUCAGUGGCAAGAUAAGAUUCUGCAAAUGUAAAAAUUUUUGGUCGAUGGCAUGUAAAACUAUGAUGGGAAGUUAAAGGGAUUCUAGAGCAGUGAGACCAAUUUGAUGUUAGUGAACCCAACAGCUAGUGUUGAGCAUGCUUUGGGGUUUUUGUUUUUUGUAAUACAUAUCUUUGCUAGGGAUAUAUAUAUGAGAAUAUCUAAAGGCAAUUUGUUGUAAAA